CGAAGCGGGAGUCAGCUAACUCAGCUCUGUCACGCGGCACUCGUUUCGAGCCCACGGUGCGCGCGGUGGUGCUCCCACCCUCUCGCACAACCGACUCGGUGCUUGCCGGCAAAAGAGCGCGCGCAGAUCCUCCCUCGCGCAGUAGUCGAAGACGCCGAACGGAGGGAACGUUGCUCCAUUCGGGACGUCCCGUUCGUUUCACGCUCCGUCUCCCGGAGACUUUCUGUUCGAACUGCCUUAAGGCCUGUGUAUCCUUUUUUUCCCUCUAACAAUACAUACUAGGCGUCAGUCAUCCAUUCUACCUUGUCUUUCGAUAAAUCACUUUCGUCUACGGAAGCAACACGUUUCCAUCGAACCCGUUGAAAGAAGAGAAGGUGUAAUGGAGUGAACGCUCGAUUGGAGGUGUCUUCCCUUGUGUCGUGAAAACACUCGCUGCUUCAUGGAGGACCAAAGAGUGCACGCUUUUCUCUCACCUGUUCACGAGUCGCCGACGUCGACAAAACGUCCGUAGAGGCGUCAGCGUUUCUCAUCUCGAGCUGUUUGUGCUGCCAAGUCAUCGAGCUACUCGGCCGUCGGAGUUUGGAUUGUCAAGUUCGCCGGGCUACGCAGCGUGGCGGCGUGUGGAUUACUGCUACUUUGAAGCCUUCGUCGGUCAUGGGCGUCGGUGAGCUUGUCCCUUGGACUAGCGACCACAGCUGUCAUGCACGCUGCCACCCCAGGCCAUCCUCGCGCUCGCCUCCAAUGUGCCACGUCGCGACUCAUCACGUAACUGACCGUCAGUGACCGCGGCUCUCUACGUUCUUUCGGAAAGCCUGCUUUCCAUAAUCAAGACCAUUUCAACGGUUCGUGAACGCAGUCCUUCGUAAUGACCAGGGAGCGCCGGGCUUCUGUCACACUGAUACUGUCCGCCUGCCUUCUGCCCUGGGGUUGCCUCAGUGUAUUCGGUUCUCGCACCGAACGGGUGUUCGCCCAGCUGAAGGCAUUGCGUGAGUGUGAGCAGCGGGCGUUUUUCGACGCUGGAGACAACGAUACCGCUGGAUGUGACUGGAGGUUCGACGGGUGGCAGUGCUGGCCACCGGCGCCACGGGGAGUCACGGCUAAGGCGCCAUGUCCGACACUACUUCCUGGCAACGUCAACACCUCGGCUACGGCAACGUACCACUGUCUCAUGAGGGGCUCCUGGCAAGAUGAGAUGGGUAACUACGACGCCUGCACAGCAUCGCCGUACUUCGACCCAGAACUGAAGCUCCUGCUUGACAUCGCCGAGGAAAUCGGGGAGUACGUUCCUUGGGAACAGAGCUCUCCGAGGGGAGAGAACUGGAUGUGGCAGGAGAAGAUCGACCACUUCAAGCACUGCCUCGAGCACGUACUCCUCAAGCCAUUUCCUGAGCUCGGGUCGAACGAGUCCCUGUGUCCACGAACCUGGGAUGGAUGGAACUGCUGGGACGACACGCCACCUGGACAGACUGUGUUCGCACCAUGCCCUCAAUUCGUGGCCGGAUUUCUGUCGUCUAGGCAAGCGCACAAGCUAUGCACGUCAAACGGAACGUGGUUCCGGCACCCCGUAACCGGUCACGUGUGGUCCAACUACACCGCCUGCGUCGACACUCACGACCUUCAGUUCCGAAACUUGGUGAACUCCCUCUACGUCACAGGAUACUCCAUAUCACUGGUCGCCCUACUCUUGUCACUAUUCAUUUUUUGUUACUUUAGGUCUCUCCGCUGUAGGAGGAUCACUAUUCACAAGAAUUUGUUCACUUCGUUCAUCAUCAAUAAUCUAUGUUGGAUACUGUGGUACAUACACGUCAUUGCGCAGCCCCAUGUGAUAGAAGAGAGUCCAAGCUGGUGCCAGGCCCUGCACGUUGUGACACAGUACUUUCUCUUGUGCAAUUACCUCUGGAUGUUCUGCGAGGGUCUUUACUUGCACACGCUACUUGUGAUGGCGUUCAUCGCCGAGGACAAGAUUCUCAAGUGGUUCCUGCUCAUUGGAUGGGGUUUUCCGCUCCUUCCAACCAUAGGUUACGCUGUCAUGCGUGGCCUAGAUUCAGAGGCGUCAAGAAUGUGCUGGGUCGAGCACGAUGUGUGGUACACUUAUAUCCUGAGCGUUCCUGUGUGUUUCUCGAUACUGCUUAGCUUCGCAUUUCUCGUCAACAUCGUAAGGGUACUGGUCACGAAGCUUCGGGCUGUCAAUUCUCCUGACAACGAGAGCACAAGGAAAGCCGUGCGGGCUACAGUGAUAUUGCUUCCUCUUUUGGGUUUGCACUACGUGGUGACUCCCUUCAGACCAGACAAGGGAUCCAUCUUUCUUGCAUACGAGAUCAUCUCAGCGUUGGUCACUUCGUUACAGGGUCUUUGUGUUGCUCUCCUGUUCUGCUUCUUCAAUGGAGAGGUUCUAGGCGUCCUUCGGAAGACACUCUCGCAAACACCAUGUUUCAGAAACGAUGGCCGACGGAUGUCUUACGCGAAUACCAGCAUCAGCUUUCUUCCAAGACGUUCCUCUGACGGCAGAAGUCCGUCCGUGUCGCCCAACCAUCAGCAGACCAUGCUGUGAAAGGAAACAAGCGGGGAGUUUGUGCGUAGCAAA